AUUUGCUAACCUCAACAGUUCCUCAAAACACCAUGAAAACCAAUCAACAAAUUGUGACUGAUACAAUUAAUCAAAAGUUAUUUUAUAACACUGUAUUGUCGCAAACAUUCUCCCAUGACGGAAAUUAUUUAGUGGCUGGAAAUAUUUAUGGAGACGUAUCAGUUUUCGAGUUAUCAAAAGCUUUAGGACCCCAUAAAGUGGAAGAAAAUGAAUUACAAGGACCCACUUAUCACUUCACCGCUCAUUCUAAUCAACAGGUACAGAGUAUGGCUUCAACAGACAAUUUCUUAGUAACAGGAAUAUCAGGAGAAAUCUCUGGAUGGGACUGGAAGAUGAUUACUUCAAGCAAAGCACCAAAGAGUAAAGUUUCAUGGACUGUACAACUUCCAGUUGAUAAAGACAGCUAUGAAAGGGCAGAUGUAAAUUAUAUGAUAUACUACAAACCAAGCAGUUUACUGUAUGCUGGUUGUGGUGACAACAAUAUUUAUGUAAUCAGUUUAGAAGAUGGUAGAAUACUUCGAAGUCUACAAGGACAUACAGACUACAUUCACUGUUUAUCUUUAAUGGGUAAUCAGUUAGCCUCGUGUGGUGAAGAUGGAACAGUGAGGUUGUGGGAUUUACGAAAAAAGGAGAACACGAAUAUAUUAACACCUCAUUUAGUAGACAAAGUUGCUAGACAAAGAUUAGGUAAAUGGAUUGGCGCGAUAGACUUCACAGACGAUUGGCUGUUAUGCGGCGGCGGCCCAAGUUUAUCUUUGUGGCAUAUGCGCACGAUGGAAGCAGCCACCGUGUUCGAUCUUCCGGAUGAAGGUAUCCACGUAGCAAAAAUCUACGAGGAACGUGUGAUAGCAGCUGGUGCAGCGCCUUACGUCUAUCAUUUAACUUAUCAAGGAGAAACAUUAGCUAAAGUGCCAACUUGCAGCAGCACAGUGUAUAAUAUCAGUUACCAGGAAGUACCGCAAAAAGUGUUAAGUAUAGCCGGUUCGUCGAACAAUCUCGACAUCUGUACGAACUUCAAUUAUCGCGAAUUGAUGUUAAAGUUUGCGUAAUAAAGUCAAACGUAAAAAAUCUAAA